UCAUUCUUUGUUUCCACCAACCAUGAAGUUUCUUCUUUGUCUCUUGUUCGUAGCUCUCAUCGUCACCGCUCAGUCUCUGACGGACGAGCAAAAAGCCAACUGGAAAAAGUGGAGCGACGAAUGCCAAGCCGAAAGCGGAAUUUCCGCAGAAACCCUCAAUAAACUCAGAAACAACGACUUUUCCGAUUUAGAGGACAAAAUCAAACCCCACAGUCUAUGUUUCGGCAAGAAAUGCGGUCUGCUUAACGCAUCUGGCGACGUAGACGUGGAAGAUGUCAAAACGAAAUUGAGGAGAGUCGUCGACAACGAAGACCAAGUCAACGAAAUCGUCGGCAAAUGCGUCGUGGAUAAAGGAAAUAAAGAAGAAACAGCGUUCUUUCUUUAUAAAUGCCUGAGGGAAAAUCGACCAAAAUUCACACCUUGCCCGCCCUUCAGCCUCACCCUAAUCACGUCCCUUUGCAGAUACCCCGCCUCGUUGAUGUAUCCCGCCACCCUGCUGAUGCACAGCAAAUACUCCUUCAGACUCUGGUCGUUAUCAAACUGGCCCGUAUGGAUCCCCUUUAUCGCGUUGAAACUGACCCUUGAUCGCUGCAGGCAGCUGGCGCUGCGCCUGAGCUCGUCCUCAGGGUUGUUGAUAACGGCGCUCUGCGGUGAUAAGGUCAGAAAAAUCGGGAAAGCGGGAAAAAUUUACUACCUGAGCGAGCACGAACGAAGAGAGGAGAAGGAAGGCGGCGAACUUCAUUUUGGACACUAUCGAAAUUGUUUUGAUCGGCUGUUUAUAAACCUGGCUUCGAUAAGUGGCGAAGCGUGGCGGUGGAAGUUGGAGAAAAAGUGGCCUUGGGCUGAUUUGGUAUCCCCAGACAAACACAACACAUAUAUAAAAGCGCUCCUCCUCCACCAGCAGCAGUACGUUUCGAAAAUGAAGCUCUUCGUGUGUGUGGCCUUCACCCUCAUCGUGGCAGCGCAAGCUCUCACCGACGAACAGAAGAAGAAACUAGAUGAAGUCAGCAAGGAGUGCAAGACGGAGUCCGGGGUCGCCCAAGACCUGAUCGACAAGGCGAGGAACGGCGAGCUGGUGGACGACCCGAAACUGAAGAGCCAGAUGCUGUGUGUGGCGAAGAAGGCGAAUUUGGCGACAGCUGCUGGGGAGAUCAACCUGGACGUUUUGAAGACGAAGCUGAAGAAAGUGGCUGCGGAUGACGCCGAGGUGGACAAGCUGGUGCAGAAGUGUGCCGUGAAGAAGGAUAGUCCCGAAGAGACGGCCUUCGAAGCCUUCAAGUGCUUACACAAGGAGAAGCCCGCUUUUUCUGUUGUCGAUUAAAUGUAGUUAGGUUAGUUGUAGGUGUUUAAUAAAACUGAUGUCUAAGA